UGUGCACAGGCAGUGUAGACACACAUUGCUCUGGUAGUCUGGGCCGAUCUGUUCUGUCUCCUGAGAACCAUCCUCCUGUGGCCACUGGGACCCAACUCCAUGCUGCUGUGGGCAUCCCUGCUGAUUCUCGCUCCUAUCAGUGGACAAUUUGACCUGGAUCAUGUGGCAAGAACGUCAGUGCUUCACUUGCCAAAAACAAAGAAGGGCACUGGGACCAACUUUCAGGAGAUUGCAACUGUACCUAAAUCUGUGAUCUCCCUUCAUCCUCCAUGGACCCCGGUUUUCCAAGGAGAGACAGUGAAUUUGACUUGCAAUGGAUUUUACUUCUGUGCAUCAGAAAAAACAAAAUGGUACUUUGGGUACUAUGGGAAAAAGUUACUGCGAGAGACUUCAGGAAACAUCCUAGAGGUUCAUGAAGCUGGGAUGUAUAGAUGCCAGGCUGAAAACUCAUCUCUGAGUGGCCCUGUGUUCUUGACCUUUGCUACAGGCCCCCUCAUCCUGCAGUCUCCUUAUUCUGUGUUUGAGGGUGACACACUGGUUCUGAGAUGCCAGAGAACAGGAAGAGAAAAACUGACUGCUGUGACAUAUUCUUGGAAUGGAAAAAUAUGCCAUACUCUUAAUGAAAGCUUUGAUCUUUUUAUCCCAAGAGCGAGUUCAAAUAACAGUGGCAUUUAUCAAUGUUUUGGAUAUGACAACAAAAAUGGUGUCGUUAAAUCAAAUACUAAAGUUAUUAAAAUUCAAGAACUAUUUCCACAUCCAAAGCUGAAAGUCUCAGCCACCAAGCCUAUAGAAGGGACCUCUGUAAACAUGAGCUGUGAGACAUAUCUUCCUGCAGAGCGAUCAGAUACUCCUCUUCAUUUCAUCUUCUUCAGAGACAACAUGCUCAUCCUGUCAGACUGGAAUGAGUCCUCAGAGCUCCAGAUCCCAGCCAUCUGGAAAGAAAACUCGGGAUGGUACUGGUGUGGUGUUAAAACAGUGACACACAACAUACACCGACACAGCCUCCCGCUGAAGAUCCGGGUGCAGAGGAUCCCUGUGUCUGAGGUUUCCAUAGAGACCCAUCCGCCAGGGGGCCAGGCCAUUGAAGGGAAGAUGUUGAUCCUUUUCUGCUCCGUGGCUAAAGGCACAGGGGACAUCACAUUCUCCUGGCACAUUGGUGACACGAAGGAGAGUCUGGGCUGGAAGACUCAGCGCUCCCAGAGAGCAGAGCUGGAGAUCCCUGUCAUCUGGGAGAGCCAUGCUGGGGCAUACUACUGCAUGGCUGACAAUAGCUAUGGCCCCAUCCAGAGUGAGGCCAUGAACAUCACUGUGAGAGGAAACAAAAAAGGCCUCAUUGCUGCAGGAGCCACAGGGGGAUUGCUCAGCAUUCUACUCCUGGCUGUGCCCCUGCUGUUUUACUACUGGCGCCAGAAGAAAUCAGGACACAGUAUCCGGGAAGGUGAAAUCAGGAGCUUUCCCACUCCAGGCCCAGGAGCAUCCUGCCAUUCUAUCAGCCCUGCCCAGGAGGAGCUGAAGUUCUUGUAUGCCAAUGUGCACCCCAAUGAAGGAGACUUGGCAUAUGCUGAGAUCCAAAUUACUCAGCUGGGAGAAGGAGAAGCCAGUACCUCCAGGACAUCUCUAGAGGAAAAGGUGAGUCUUACUCCCCAUUGUUUUCUUCCUAUUACCUAUAGUCUCGCACUCCCUCUCUUUCUCCAGUUCUAUCUUUUUUUCAUCCCAGUGUGCCUCAAUUGUCUACUCUGAAGUGAAAACACAGCUCCCAGAUAACUCAACUGGAAAUGUCAGCCCUAAAGAUGAAGACAUCAUAGAAUGAUACACAAGUGUGGUAUUCAAGUGACUUGACUCAAGGCUUCAGGCCCAUCAUGGGACUGCAAUCAUCAACUCUUAAGUCAUCUACUCUGAAGUGAUGAUGGGUUGGCCUCUGGAAUGCUUUGCUAAAAUGUCUUGGAUCUAAAGUUGGGAGAAGCCUC